UUCGAUUCAUUCGCAGAGAUUUUCUCAAUGGCCAGCAAGUCGAGACCUGGAAAAUUAUCAGUUUACCUUUAUGUACCCAACCUGAUCGGAUACAUGAGAGUCCUCAUGAACUGCUUUGCCUUCUAUAUUAGCUAUUCGGACAAAAAGCUUUUCUCUGUUCUCUACUUUGUAAGCUUUGUCUGUGAUGCAUUGGAUGGCUGGUUUGCUCGCAAGUUCAAUCAAGUUUCAACCUUUGGAGCUGUUUUGGACAUGGUGACAGAUCGAACUGCACUCAAUUGUUCCAUUUUCUUACUUGGUCACCUUGAUAACGAAUGUCUCAGGAUUAGCACUGCUUGUCUUCUAGUAAUUCUCUCCCAAGUGUAUAGGCCUGGCAUAGUUUUCCUGUCAUUACUUGCUCUGGAUAUUGCUAGCCAUUGGCUGCAAAUGUACAGUACUUUCUUGGUAGGCAAAACUAGUCAUAAGGAUGUAAAAGAUAGCAGUAAUUGGCUUUUCAAAGCUUAUUAUGGAAAUAGGAUGUUCAUGGGUUAUUGUUGUGUUGCCUGCGAGGUUCUUUACAUAACUCUGUUCCUUCUUGCAAAGAGCCAGAAUCAGGAUCUGACAAAGGUUAUAAUGGAUGCUUUAAGACAGAACCUGGUUCUUGCUGUUCUACUUGUUUUACUUUUGGUUGGGUGGGCAAUCAAGCAGGCUGUAAAUUUUAUACAGGUAAAAAGUUAUAGUCCUUUUACCUACCUAAAAAUUUUUAACUCUUUCAACAUUGAUUAA